AUGGACGCCUUUGCGAUCACAGAGGGCAUUGUCCCUGAACAGACCGAGCAAGAUGGGCACCCCCCCGAGACCGCGGAGGUCAGCAGCAAGUUGUCGGAGGAGACCAAUAAGUUCCAGCGGGCUAUUGCCGCGUGGAGAGGUAUUGAUCUCAACACGACGAUCGCGAAGCUUGAUACCACGGCUUCCGACAUCAUCGCGGGGCAGCGGGAUGCUCUGGUGCAGAGAAAGGACCUAGCUCAGAAAACAAAGGAUUUUCGGAAGCUCGACGACGCGUCGAAGCUCUCUGAAUACAAGAGUCUCCUCAAAGCCUACCAGACCUUCAUCGAUCUCUUGACGAAUCAAGGCAAGGCCUCAUCGUCUGCGUUCCUCCAGUUAUAUUCCUCCAUGUCGGAAGCCCCCGAUCCAUACCCGCUUCUGGAAGCCUCGGUCGAGUCGUUAGUGCUCUCGGAAGAUACUGUCCCCAAACUGAGCUCGGAGAAGGAGCAGUUACAGAAGUCGGUGGACCGACUGACUGGCCAGCUGGAGGAUACCGAACGACGAUUGCAGGAGGAACGGUCGGCGAGAAAAAAGCUCGAAGACAACCAGGACGCAAAGAUCAAAGAGAUUGAGGCCUCGUGGUCGGCAGUCCUGUCGGAGAAGUCGAAUAACUGGGCCGCCAAAGAGAAGAGCUUGGAGGAGAAGGUCGAGAAUCAGGAACGGCUACUGAAGGACCUCAAGGCCAGCUACGAGGUGUCACAGCGCUUGGGGCAAGACGAUGAAGGGGACAGCUCGCACCAGAGGGCUACAGCUGCCGAGCUUGAACUGGUGUCGACCGAGCUGGAGAAGACUAGCUUGCGCCUGACUGAAGUCGAGGCCCGAAACGAACAACUGCGGCUUGAGCUGGCUCAGGCUGCGUCACACUCUCAAUCCGAACAGAAGACCUCCGUGGAAGACGACCCGGCUUAUCUGCAUCUGCAGUCCGAGAACUCAUCGCUCCUUCGCAAACUCGACGCCGCCCGUUUCGACAGAGACUCCGACAGACAUUCAUGGGAGGCGAAGCUUCUUCAGUCUGAACGGCAAGGGGCCAAGGCUGUUGCCGAGAGAGAUGAACUGCGGGCUAAGGUGGAGAAGUAUGCUGAUUACGAAGAUAUCCGCCGAGAGUUGGAGGUGAUCAAGAGCAUCGAAUUUUCGGCGGGCGACGAUGAUGAUGGUGGAGACGCGACAGACGAUAUCACGACCGCUAGCAGUGCGAAUGGAGGCGCUGCAGCCAAGUCGAAUGAGUCCUCCCUGGAGCAACUUCUGCUCGCGCGGAACAAGAAGCUGACCAAUGAACUUACCGUUUUACGAGUCUCUCAUCGCGACCUCCAGGGCCAAUUGGAAACUCUCCGCGACGAGGUCUCGCGGACCAAACAAGAGCUGGAGAAGUCGCAGAGCCUGUCGGCCACCCUGGAAGACGACCUUGUCCGCAUCCAGCAGGAAGCAGCCAACGCCUUUCCCUCAUCUGCCAUGUCCGUUGCGGGCACGUACAGCUCAAAAUACUACCACUCGCGGCGCGGAGGGGCCUCGUCCCCGACCUCUUCCAUCAUCUCGGGAUUCGAUCAAUCAGCUGUCUCGGCCAACACAAUGGACGCUAUCCGCGCGGGCGAAGCCGUGGGCGGUGGAUCCGGCAUCCUGCCGAUGGUGCAGGCUCAACGGGACCGGUUCAAGAAGAAGAACUCCGAGCUCGAGGAGGAGCUCUCUAAAACGUACAGCACCGUCAAGUCGCUCCGGCAGGAGAUUGCCUCGCUGCAAAAGGAUAAUCUGAAUCUGUACGAGAAGACACGCUACGUCUCCACCUACAGUCGCGGGCAGGCCGGCGCCGGAGCAGCAGCGUCCUCCUCAGCAUCGGCGUACGCGAACAAGCCCCAUAGCAGCAGCACGUCAGUGCUCUCUGCGGCCGACACCCCCUCCGGACUGUCGCUGGACCGGUACCACUCAGCCUACGAAGCACAGAUCUCCCCCUUUGCUGCCUUCCGGGGGCGCGAGUCGGCGCGCGCGUACAAGCGCAUGAGCCUUCCCGAGCGGAUCGUCUUCUCCCUGACGCGCAUCAUCCUCGCCAACCGUAUGAGCAGGAACCUCUUUGCAGCCUACUGUUUUGCGCUGCACUUUUUGCUCUUCGUCAUGCUGUAUCGGAUGAGUGCGGUUGAAAUCGAGAAGCAUAGCGCUGUCAGUCUCGGGUCUUCGGCUGCUUCGGCUGCUGCGGCCGUCAUGGCUGGAGCAGGAGGAGGAGCAGCAGCAGCAGGUAAUGGCAAUGGACAGCUACGCGGUGAUGACUGGCAACAACAGGGAUUCGAACAUUCCAAUUAA